GGGGUUUUUCCUCGCAGCCUCCGCCCUCGCGACUCGUGAGCCAUCUCCCCACACCCCGCCUCCCCGAUGCCGCCCAAAUCCAAGGCCGCGGCGGCCGCCGCCGCCGCGGAGCCGGUCUCCGUGGAGGACCUCUUCACGGCGCUCCACCGCCACAUCGAGGCCGGCGAGUUCCCCCAGGCCGCCAAGGUCGCCGACCAAGUCCUCGCGGCGUCGCCGGGCGACGAGGACGCGGUGCGAUGCAAGGUGGUCGCGCACAUCAAGUCCGACGCGACGGACAAGGCGCUCGCGGCCAUCCGCGCCGCCGAGCGCCUCCCCAUCGAUCUCAGCUACUACAAGGCAUACUGCUACUACAGGCAAAAUAAAUUGCAAGAAGCUCUGGAUAUAUUGAAUGGUCAAGAAGAAACAGCUGCUGUUCUCCAGCUGGAAUCCCAGAUCUAUUACCGAUUAGGAAGAAUGAAUGAUUGCAUGAAUAGCUACGAGAAGCUCCAAAAGUUUAAGGUUGACUCAAUAGAUCUAAAGAUAAAUAUCAUCGCUGCUCUAGUUGCUGGUGGAAGGGCUUCUGAAGUACAGGCAGCCAUGAAGGCACAAAAGGUUGAUCUUACCACUAGAGCACUCAGAGAUACUAGGAGCUUCGAGCUGGCAUAUAAUUCGGCUUGCACCUUGAUAGAAAAUAAAAAGUAUUCAGAAGCUAAAGAGCAGCUGGACUUGGCGAAAAGAAUCGGGAAAGAGGAGCUUAUGGUGGAAGAUUACGCAGAAGAUGAGAUUGAAUAUGAAUUAGCUCCUGUGUCUGCUCAGCUUGCUUAUGUACAGCAGCUACAAGGACAGACUCAAGAAGCUAUGGAAACCUAUGCCAAUAUGAUAAACAAGAAAUCAGGAGACCCCUCAUCACUUGCCGUGGCAACAACCAACCUUAUCUCUAUAAAAGGUACAAAGGAUGUUGCUGAUGGCCUGAGAAAGCUUGACCGGCUUGUUGAGAAGUCUACAUCACCAAACCAGCUGCAACUGAUCGAGAGCCUUGAAUUCAAGUUAUCUUCAAGGCAAAAAGAAGCCCUGUAUUCUGCUCGUGUACUUUUGCUCCUCCAUGCAAAUAAAAUCGAUCAGGCACAAGAGUUGGUCACUGGGCUGCUUGGUAUGUUUCGAGACGGUGUAUUCCCUGUUUUACUUCAAGCUGCAGUUCAUGUGAGAGAAAAAAAGGUCCCGAAAGCUGAAGAAGUUCUAAGUCGCUAUGCUGAGAAGCAUCCUGAUAAUUCUAAAGGAGUCCUCCUUGCACUUGCCCAGAUUGCUGCCAAUGCCAACCAUUUUCAGGUUGCUGCUGAUUCACUGUCAAAGAUAUCAGACAUCCAGCACAUGCCUGCUACAGUUGCUACACUUGUAGCUCUAAAAGAGCGUCUAAAUGACUCUAAUGCCGCAGCUUCUGUGCUUGAUUCUGCUAUCAAGUGGUGGAAAAAUGCCAUGACAGAAGAUAACAAGUUGGAUGUGUUCAUGCGGGAGGCUGCUACAUUUAAGCUCAACCAUGGGCGUGAUGAAGAGGCCUGUCAACUGUACGAGGAACUUGUGAAGAGCUAUGGAAGCACCGAAGCGUUGGCUGGGCUAGUAGCAACGUCCGCACGCACUGACCUUGCGAAAGCUGAGCAAUAUGAGAAGCAGCUGAAACCGUUGCCGGGUCUUCAGGGAAUUGACGUAAAGAGCCUGGAGAAGACAUCUGGUGCAAGGCAUGUAGAGCAAGCCAUGAAGGUUGACACUCCGGAGGAAGUGAAGAAGCAAAAGGCUAAGAAGAGAAAGAGGAAACCUAAAUAUCCGAAAGGAUAUGAUCCAGCGAACCCAGGGCCACCCCCAGAUCCUGAGAGAUGGCUGCCCAAGAGGGAGAGGUCGACCUACCGUCCGAAGAGGAAGGAUAAGAGGGCUCAGGUCAGAGGUGCUCAAGGAGCUGUGAGUAGAGAGAAGCAUGAUGCGUCUGCUGCCAAUGCCAGUGCCACCUCGUCGAAAGCAGCCACCUCGGCCAAGGCUCCAGAACCAUCGAAGGGCUCCAACAAGUCGCGGAAGAAGAAGUCGAGGUCUUAGGUGACAAAGUUGUAUGUCACAAAUUAACAAUAUAUAAAAGACACUGUCCAUUUUGAUAUCUUGACUUUGGAGUUUUUGUGUUAUUUGCAUUGGAUUGCCCUCAGCUGUGCUUUUAGAAUCAUGUUUAUGGUGACUUGAGACUGUUCAGAUUUUUUGAGGCUCACUGGCAUAUCUGGUUGAAAUUCCAUUCUUUACAUGUUA